UGACAUGUCUCAGACCGCAAUCCAGAGGAGAGCGAGCUGAGCUGACAGCCUUGCACUCCAGCCCACAGCCUCGAUGUGAAGAAGGCUAUGCAGCCCUGGGCCAGCUCUCCCCACUGCAGCGCUUGGGGACAGGGACACCAGCCAUGCCGGCAUCAGUAACUCCUGUGCUCUUCUCCCUGGCUCUUCCGGUGUGGAUGAGAGGUGAUCCCGCCCACCACUGUAGCAGAAUAACAAGUGGAUUAGCCACAGGAGUUGCUGUGGAGUGGCAAGCAGAAUGAAUGAGCUCUCAAUCCCAUUGAUAUAAAGCUCCGAGGACACCCACAGAUCCCGCACUAAGAAUUCAGUUCAGGUCUUCGGCAGAUGGGCGUCAGUAGCAGCGACUAGCCAGCAAGAUGGAGACCACACCUUUAAAUUCCCAGAAGGAGCUGUCGGUGUGUAAGGAUGGAGAAGAUUGUCAGGAAAAUGGAAUUCUACAGAAGGGUGUCCCCACCCCUGAAAACAAGGUGGAGUCUGGCCAAAUCUCCAGUGGGUACUUGGUGGCACCAAGCCCCAGUGCAGGAGAUGACACUCAGCGCUCCGUCCCAGCUGCCACUGCGGUCCUAGAGGCUGAGGUUCAUGAGGGGGAACGGGAGACCUGGGGCAAGAAGAUGGAUUUCCUCCUGUCAGUCAUUGGCUACGCCGUGGACCUGGGCAACGUCUGGCGCUUUCCCUACAUAUGUUACCAGAAUGGAGGGGGGGCGUUCCUCCUCCCCUACACCAUCAUGGCCAUCUUUGGGGGGAUCCCACUCUUCUACAUGGAGCUCGCGCUGGGCCAGUACCACCGAAAUGGAUGCAUUUCAAUAUGGAGGAAAAUCUGCCCGAUUUUCAAAGGGAUCGGGUACGCCAUCUGCAUCAUUGCCUUUUAUAUCGCCUCCUACUACAACACCAUCAUGGCCUGGGCACUCUACUACCUCAUCUCCUCCUUCACGGACCAGCUGCCCUGGACCAGCUGCAAGAACUCCUGGAACACCGGCAACUGCACUAACUACUUGUCUGAGGAAAACAUCACCUGGACACCCCACUCCACGUCCCCUGCGGAGGAGUUUUACACGCGCCACGUCCUACAGAUCCAUCGGUCAAAGGGACUCCAGGACCUGGGGGGCAUCAGCUGGCAGCUUGCCCUCUGCAUCAUGCUGAUCUUCACUGUUAUCUACUUUAGCAUCUGGAAAGGUGUCAAAACAUCUGGCAAGGUGGUGUGGGUGACAGCCACCUUUCCUUACAUCAUCCUUUUGGUCCUGCUGGUGAGGGGGGCCACCCUCCCCGGAGCCUGGAGAGGUGUUCUCUUCUACCUGAAACCCAACUGGCAGAAACUCCUGGAGACAGGGGUGUGGGUGGAUGCCGCCGCUCAGAUCUUCUUCUCUCUUGGUCCUGGCUUUGGGGUCCUCCUGGCUUUUGCUAGCUAUAACAAAUUCAACAACAACUGUUAUCAAGAUGCCCUGGUGACCAGUGUGGUGAACUGCAUGACGAGCUUCGUCUCGGGAUUUGUCAUCUUCACGGUGCUCGGGUAUAUGGCUGAGAUGAGGAACGAAGACGUGUCCGAGGUAGCCAAAGACGCAGGCCCCAGCCUCCUCUUCAUCACGUAUGCAGAAGCCAUAGCCAACAUGCCGGCGUCCACGUUCUUUGCCAUCAUCUUCUUCUUGAUGUUAAUCACACUGGGCUUGGAUAGCACGUUUGCAGGCUUGGAGGGAGUGAUCACGGCUGUGUUGGAUGAGUUCCCGCACGUCUGGUCCAAGCGCCGGGAGGGGUUAGUGCUCGGUGUGGUCGUGACCUGCUUCUUUGGGUCCCUGAUCACCCUAACUUUUGGAGGGGCCUACGUGGUGAAGCUGCUGGAGGAGUACGCCACGGGGCCCGCAGUGCUCACCGUCGCACUGAUAGAAGCAAUCGCUGUGUAUUGGUUCUAUGGCAUCACUCAGUUCUGCAGUGAUGUGAAGGAAAUGCUCGGCUUCAGUCCUGGAUGGUUUUGGAGGAUCUGCUGGGUAGCCAUCAGCCCUCUGUUUCUCCUGUUCAUCAUUUGCAGUUUUUUGAUGAGCCCGCCACAGCUACGACUUUUCCAGUAUAGUUAUCCUCACUGGAGUAUCAUCCUGGGUUACUGCAUAGGAACCUCAUCUUUCAUCUGCAUCCCCACAUAUAUAAUUUACCGGCUGAUCAUCACUCCAGGGACAUUUAAGGAGCGUAUUAUUAAAAGUAUCACUCCAGAAACACCAACAGAAAUUCCCUGUGGGGCUAUCCGCUUGAAUGCUGUUUAAAGCACUUCAGUGAGAGGAAAAUGGCUUCCCAACCUCUUCCUCCAGUUCUGACAAGUCACGCCUGCCUUCUCCCUCUAAGUGAAUGAGUUUCCAGCUAAGCCUGACAAUGGAAGGGCCUUCUUCAUGUAUUGGGACAUAUUCCCAAAAGACUACGGUGCCCAGACUCUUAUGGCCUCCAGCCACUUCUUUCUGUGAAAUCUCCUGGACAUAUUACCAUGUUAGACUCUGAUGCAGCUGAGCUGAACUAUUUUGGAUGUGUGAGGGUGCAUAUGGAGGUGAUGAGAACCACCAUAUAACCAGUUAGGAUUAUGUGUGGAAUGAAGUCUGUGGAAGUCUCCUGUAUCAUUUCUCAUUGUGAUCACUGGUAUAUGACAUGUGUUUGCUUCUAAAGGUUUCACUGUUUAUGAAUGCAUAAACCAUGUGGGAGAAAACAGGGAUGCUGUCUUGCUAGCCAUAUAUUUUCUGAGUAGAAUAGAAUUCUAUAGCUGGAUCUACUAGAACCCUGUAACCCAUGUGCUGCUGUGGAGUCAGGAGAGGAAGAUGUAAGAAACUAAACUGAAAAAUGUGUACAUGUGAACAUGUGUGUCUGUGUAUCCUGUUGCUUCAGUGUAUCCUUUUCUUUAUUCCAAUACUUUGGGUCCAUUACAAACUAUAUGAAUUUCCUCUGAUUUUUCUUACAUUAACACACAGUCCACCUCCUCAAAUGUGUUAUUAUUUGAAGAGCAUAAUUACUACAACAUGUUCUGCCACCUUCUCCUUUGCUGGUCACACUACCUGAGCUCACGCACCUUCCUUUAUGGGCCAGGCUUUAGAAUGUAAUGCACUUGCCAUUUUCCUGUCUCUCUCUCUGCUAAACAUUUAGGAUAAUGUUCCACAGCAAAGCUGGCCUGUUUCAUUAGUCACUGUGGCUUGGCCAUGAACUACUACUUUGAAGAUGGAUAUUGACAAAUUCAUCUUCGGUAUUCAGUUGGCUAUCUGAUUUAAGCUCUGUAUACUUCAUAUGACUGAAUCUGACUGUUGAGGUUACUUUGCUUUGGAAAGAGAGAAUAAAUCCAGUUCUCACUUACCAGGUAUAUAGAUUUGGCACCCUGACCUAUACCAAGAUCUUCCUCAAUCUGAAAGUAAUUGGAGAGCCUGGGAUAGCCUUAAAUGGACCCUCCCCACCCACCCCCAACCCCAUGACCCUUCUUGGUAGGCUACCAGGAUUAUGAUCCCUCCAGAUAAUUUUCAAGAUUGAGCCUAAGUAAGGCUGAUUGGGAAAGGGUCAGUUAAGUGAAUAACCUUUCAUUCGACAUAAUACCCUUAAUAUAGAGCAAGUAAAUUUGACCUUCAGUGGCUUGUGACUCUCAGAUGUAUAGGUAGAGAAGCCAAUUUUACAUUGUAGUGUGAGAUUUCCUUAUUGAAAUCUUAAAGGGAAUAAAACAUAGUCAAUGAUAAAAGGACUCCAUCAUCUAGCCCCAUUUCACUUCAGUCCCCUAUAUAAAUCAAAUAUAAUUCUAACAAUUUUAUAGAAAGAAGAUCCAUAUAGCAGAGGCCUACUUUUAUUCAUUUCUAGUUCUUCCUCCCUCAGCUUCCUUUCCCCAACAAUCUUCCCUGGCCAUCUUCUUGUAUGUCCCCCAACAUCCUUCUAUUUCUGAUUCUUUGCUUUUCCCAGCGGGAUAUUUUCUUUAUAGAUGAUAGCUGCUGAGAAGUUUCCCGAAAUAGUACAGAAAAAGAGGAGGGGGAUUUAAAAAAUUCAGUACUGACCUACCUUCAUUAUCUUCACUUUUUCAUUCCUUCUUCCUAUCUUAUUUCCAUUCUUUUUGCUUUCUAGCAUGCUGAAAGUAGACAGGUUAUAUAAGUGGCAGCAUAUUUAGUGGUCAAUAGCUUAGCAAUUUUAAGACUUGCUUUAUAUUCGGAUAUGGAUUCUCCCCAUUCCACACACACUUAUGCAGUCUCCAAAGAUAAUAUUUUUUAAAAGCACUUUUUCAAACAGAAUUAGAGUUUUGCCAAGAUAGGUGUGAAGGGGAUUAUAUAGGCGUUUUGAAAAAUUUUCAAACUUCACUAGACUUAAAAAAAAUCCCAAACCUCUGUUCUGCCUGGUUUGUAUUUUCUUGACCCCUAUUUAUCACUAUUACUAUGGAUUUUUUUUAAAGGAAGAGUAGGUAGAUGGACUUUAAAAUAAUUUUUAAAAGAACUUUUACAUCUAAUAUAGCAUUUGCAUAAAAGUAAAAAAUAAAAAUGGAAUUGUGAAGUUAUUUAAGUACUGAAUUUAAUUUUUUUGAUAUGAUUUUAUUAGUAAGAAAUACCCAAGCAAGACACAAGACAAAGGCAUGGAAGUGAUUCAAUUGAUUGAGAUUGUUUCUUAUAUUGAUAUGUAUCGAAGUCCAAAGAAUUUGCCUCCCUUCCAAAAAACUUACAACCCAUUUAAAAUUUAUUCCACUUGUUGCAUGGAAUGCAUAUUACCUGUAACCUAAAUUCAUUGCCCUGGCUGCCUCAUCUGGAGAUGGAUGCAAAGACCCCUGACAAAUUCAAAAUCGAUAGAACAGCUCCAAAAUCAAGUUAAUGAAAUCUCAAAUUAAGGCAAAAAGUUAUUCUGUGAGGCACUCUCUCAGCAUUGUCUUUUUACUAAGCUUGUUAAUUUGGUGCCACCCAUCUCAAAAUUUAAGUGCAAGUCUGAAUUUCCACUUAACUCACACACAACACCCCCACCCCUUAAAAGGCAGAUUAUUCUCCUGGAAUUAGCAUUGUAUUCUUUCUGAUAAGUAGGAAAGACUGGCCCGAGUUUUCUAUCUGUUGUAUCAUUGAUUUGGAGUUCACUGUCAAAGCAAAGCUUAGAACUAUGGCAUGCAAUGGCUUAACUGUGCUGUUCUCACAUGUAUCUUAGGUAAUGCUUAGCUACCCAAUGGUACAAUACAAGCCUGGUUCCUUUCUCAGCAUGACUCUUUACUCAUAAAUCAACAGCUGGUGCUUAAGAUACCAUUAAACACAACAGUAAUCGGAGGAUAUUUUUCACCCUCCGCUUUUCUUUUUUUUUUUUUUUUCGGUCGUCAGGGAGGGGUGGGGAAGAAGAGCAGUAAGGUCCUCAGAGAGACUGUGCCACAACCUGUCAUCCCCAUAAGUAAGGUAAUAAAAGCAAAAUACGCAUACGCUAUGUGGGAUGUUGUGUAUUUUAAAGUCAUCAAGGAGUUCACACAUUAUUUAAAACGCAAGGAGAGUUACACAGAAAGGUCUAAAUUUGUAAGGUGAGCUU